AUGGAAAACAAAUAUUAAGAUUAUGCUAAUAAAUACUAUAAGGUUUUAAGCUAAAAAACUUUCCUUGAUCCAAUAAUUACUCCAAUAAUAUUUUAUCCUUUGAUGGGUAUUUCUUCUUAUAAGCUUUUCAAACUAUUUAAAAAGUAACAAAUAGUGAGUGGUUUUAAGAAAUUAGUUAAGAAUGCUAUUCCUAUUUAAUAAAAUCUAGAAAAUACAAUAUAAAAUUAGUUGAUUUAUAUUUAGGGCUAACUCCUUGCACGCAACUAAAUAUUGGCUAAAGAUAAUUUAUUUAAGAUUUCAACAAAUAGCCUUGAUUAACUAGGAUUAUAUCGCAAAGUAGAAGUUUUCCAUAACAUGUCACAUUACCAUAAAUACAAAUGCGGGUGGUAGGAUUUAAAUACUUUGGAAAAUAUUCAUAGAUUUUAUAAUGCUUCAUCUAUCAGAUAUAAUGUUUCAACGAAUGGUAAAGUUUUUUUAGAAGAUUAGCAGCUUAAUACUGAUUUGUUGAUUUAAUUAUCCCAGGGCAACUCUGUUUAACAAUAAAUAGAUGUUGAGAAAAUGAAAUAGUUAAUUUUGGAAAUAUAAUAAAAAAAAGAAUAGCAUUAAUGUAAAACUAGCAAGGAAAAGGAUUCAUUAGAAUAAGCUUCUAUUACUUAAGUAGCUGCUGAUAAUCCUCUUGAAAAAUUAAUUUUUUAAGGCAAACAUAUAGAAAUAAGCAGCGAAUACAUUUAAAUUAUGCAAGAAAAAGGAAAGCUGAGUAAAGGAGAUAUUAGAAUAUCGUUUCAUGAAAUAUAAAAAAUAGCAACAGCAACAGCUUUAGCAGUAUAAGGAAAAAAUGGUUUAACUUAAUUUCAAUCAGAAGAUUAAGAUUAAAAAAUUGAAUAUUUUAUAAAUGGAAAUAAAAUUUCAUUUGGUGAAUACUAAUUUAACAUUCAUAGAAAAACGAUUGCAUUAAAUAUGUUUGAGCUGCAAAAUAAUCCUGAUUAAAUUUAUUAAUUCAAAUUUAAAUUCGAUAAAGAAAUUCUAUAGAAUGUACUAUUUAUUUCAUCAUGCCAUUUUGCCUGCUUAAAAGCUUUUAGUUGCAGUCGUCUACUAAUUUCUUCUAGCUUAGUAAUGUUCACUCUAAUGUAUACCUCUUAUGAUUAAUUUGGUUAAUAUUUGGCUCUUAUUGAUAGAAUCAAAGAAGAUUUAGAGGAGAUAAAAUUAUAAAAUCAAGAUAUAAAGAUCUUAGAAGCAAAAGAUUAUUUUAAUCGCAUUUUAAAUAAAUUAGUUUGA